GUCUUGGUCAGUCGGUCUCGGGACGUCGAGGAGGAAGCACGUCCCACCGUCUCCCGCGACGCACGCAGUGAAAACGGCAUUUACAAACAUAGUUGUGUUGUGUUAUUUUCGGAGCUGUACGCGAAGUGAUAUCAAAAGCACAGGAUUUAUUUGACGCAGAAGAGAUCGGGAAUGUAGAUUGGGGUGAAAAGUAGAAAGUUGUUAGUUGAAGCUUUGUGCCUUGCUGCGCCUGCUCAGCGGUGACAAUGGCCUCCAACAAUAUCAGCACCCUCGAAGGGGUUGUCGACGAUGCCAAUCGUGGCACAACGUAUUUCUUUUCCAGAAGUAGGACUAGCGCGAGUCUCUGCCAGCGGGUGCAGCUGUUCCUGUCUAUUUACUGGAAGUCAUGUCUGGUGGUUGCGACGCCGCUUCUUCUGCUGCCCAUUCCUAUAUUGUACGAGGGAGAGGCGUUUCGCUGCAUGUACGUAGUCCUGAUCAUGGCGACGUACUGGGUGCUGGAGCUGCUGCCGCUGCCCGUCACCUCCAUGCUGCCCAUCGUGCUGUUCCCGACUAUGGGCAUCCUGGACUCUGAUAAGACCUGCGCCUCGUAUAUGAAGGAGACCAACAUGAUGUUCAUGGGCGGGCUGAUGAUCGCGGCCGGGGUGCAGCACUCCAAGCUGCCGAAGCGGGUCGCGCUGUGGACCGUGCAGGUGGUCGGCUGCUCGCAUCGGAGACUAAACUUCGGUCUCACCUUCGUGACGAUGUUCAUUUCGAUGUGGGUGUCGAACGCGGCGGCCACCACCAUGAUGGUGCCCAUCGUGGAGGCCAUCCUGCACGUGCUGCAGGAGCAGGGGCUCGGCGACGUGUAUAAAGAUAGGCCCAAGGCGGUUGAGAACGGUAAAGAAGGCAAGGAGACCAAGGGAAAGGGGGAUAAUGAAUCAGUGCCGAUGCCCAGCGACAUCACGAUCUGCUACUUCCUUUCUAUCGCAUACGCAUCGACUCUCGGCGGGUGCGGGACUCUGGUGGGCACCGCCACCAACUCCGCCUUCAAGGGGAUCUUCGACAGUGAAUUCAAAGACAACAAGGAGCUCAAGGACUCGGUGAACUUCUUCUGGUUCAUGGCGUACAGCGCGCCGCCCAUGCUGCUGACGCAGCUGCUGGUGUGGGUCGCGCUGCAGAUUACCUUCAUGGGACUGUUCCGGCCCAACAGCGAGGCGGCGAAACGCGUGGAGCUGGCAUCGUCUGGCUCGGAGACAACUCUGAAGGUCAUCAAGGAGCAGUACAGGAACCUCGGCCCUGCCACGUUCCAUGAGAAGGCGUCCGGGUCGCUGUUCAUCGUGGCGGUGUUCCUGUACAUCUUCCGCAAGCCCGGCUUCAUGACCGGCUGGUCGCAGCUGCUCACCAACAUGCAAGUGAAAGAUGGAGUGACGUCGAUCUUCAUCGUGAUCCUGAUGUUCGUGCUGCCCAUGGCCGUGGACUUCUUCAAGUUCUUCAGCUCAGCCGCCUCGUACGAGGAGUUGGCAGCCACGAAGCCCUCGCCAGGCAUCGUCACAUGGAACAUCCUCAAGGAAAAAGUGCCGUGGGGUCUGCUCUUUUUGCUGGGCGGCGGCUUCGCCCUAGCCGAAGGCUCCAAGUCCUCAGGCCUGUCGGCCCUCAUCGGCUCCUCUCUCCAGGGGCUGCGCGGGCUGCCGGCGCCGCUCGUGCUACUGGUGGUGUUGCUGGUCACGCAGCUCAUCACGGAGUUCACCAGCAACGUGGCCAUAGCUAAUUUGAUACUGCCCGUGCUGGCUAAUAUGGCCCGUCAACUGAACAUGGACCCUCGCUACCUGAUGAUCCCGGCGACGCUGGCCUGCUCCAUGGCCUUCCACAUGCCCGUGGGGACCCCUCCUAAUGCCAUCGUAGCGGGCGUAGCUCAUAUACCCACCUCGAAGAUGGCUAUCGGCGGUAUCGGACCCAAGAUCAUCACGACCCUCAUCAUCUGGGCGUCCUACCCUCUCUACGGCACCUACAUCUUCAGCGAAGGAGACUUCUUAGGCUUGUCUGGAGCCGGCAAAGUCAUGACUGAAACACUCUCCCUACAGUGCAACGGAACCACCCCCACCUCCCUACUACAGAAGGGAGUCACCCUAUUCAAUUGCUCCCUACCAUACAAGAUAAACUCAACGGCUGUAUCCCCAGGAAAUGCCACGUUGGUAGGCGAUGUCAUCGGUGGGCUAUUCCGCUGUGAUUAUCUACCGUACUUUAGAGCGAAUAAUAGCAUAUAAAGUGGUGUGUGUUGUGUAAUUGUGUACCUGAUUUGGUUUUAGUGAGGAUGCUAUUUAUGUUGAAUGAAAAAUAUGUAAUACGCUUACUUACCUCUCCAAUGUAUUGAAAAGUGAUUUAGGGUACCGACUUCUGGUUUAACUGAGCUCAGACAGUCUAUGGUAAAAAUUCCAUACAUAAAAGAUAUUUUUUAAUAUAUUUGUUGGGGUAAGUCUGUUUUAUUAUGACUACCUAACGGCGCGACGUAGUCCAAAAUGUGAAUGUAAUGCCAAAAUAGUUUAGAAUCUUCUUAUUUUAUAAAUAGGGCUAUUAAACAACGGGUAAAUGAUAUUUUAGGUACGAUUGUGUAAUAAUAAAAAUCAAAGUAUAGCCUGUAUACACUUUAUACUUAGUGUCCUCAGGAAAACUCAGAUUUCCAAACUCAAAGGGGCCGACACAGGCGAGGAAAUCGCGACGAGACUAUCGAGUUUCUGUAUACAGGGUGUUGCAAAAAGGGUAAUAACAUGCUGCACACGGUGGUUUCCGUUUAGUAUACCCUUUUUGCAACUCUAGAUACUGUCAUAAAAGGUGCCUCCACACUGCAAUAUUAUCGCUGCGAUGCGACAAGUUGAGUGCGGUGAAACGUCAACUCCUCGCGAUUCUAUUGCCAGUGGAGACGGCCACUAAGUAUUAAUUUACUACACACCCUUCACUAACACUAACUAAGUGUAUACUAGUUAUAUAGUAUAUUAUAAUAUUAUUAUGUGUGAAUGAUCCUAUGUACAAAACUUAAGCAUUUUCUGUGUUCAAGAUACAUAAUACAAUAGCAUUUAUAAGUUUACCGUGUAAUUCUGUAACUGGAUGCGAAACAAUUUAUUUUUAUUAAAUUUUCUUGGUUAUGUUAUAUACUUAUAAUAUGUAGUACCUACUUCAUAAGUAUUCAUAACAAUAUGUUUUUUCUAUGUUGUAGAGAGAGAUCACCAAUUAUUUUUUUGGUAAGUAUCGGGCGCUAUUUGGGUGUGAUGUACAGGUUUUUAUUAUUUAGGGUUUAUACAUCGGCAGGGUUUUAUAUUUUGACAAUAAUAUCGAUACAAAUAAUGUAAGGCUAUCUAGUGGAAAUAUAUUUUACAGUACCUUUGUGAAUUUUAUGCAAUCCCUAUGCAUUUGUAAACUACUAAAUUUACACUAUAAUUGAAUGUAUUUUUCUACAACUACUUACCUAUUAUGCCGUGCCAUUCUUAAAUCACUAUAAAUGUAUUGUGAUAAAACGCCUUUAUUAAGAUGACAUGUCGAACCAGAAUGUGCCUUAAUACAAAUACAUAACCAUAGUAAUAAUAUAUAGUGCUACAAAUUAUGUAAUAUUAACUGAAGGUGUAGGGAUGAUUCGAAUCUUUUUAGGAAAAAUUUUGCUCAUUGCUGCUAAUAAUGCCACCAUAAUCUCAUAAAAAUUGUUAAGAAUAGUUAGCAAAAACAUAAGUAAGUAUAUCUAUGUUUAAAAAUGGAUAUAAUAUAUUUGCUAACUGUACUUAUAUCUAGUUGCAAAGACACUGCGUAUGUUUUUGAUAAAAAGUAUUUUAUAAAAAUGUAUGCGAUCGCAGCAUUUCGUAUUUUAGGUUUAUUAAUGAAAUAACUGUGACUAUUAAUGUGUUUGUAAAUAUAUUUUAGAAAGCAAAUAACUUGAAUAACCAAUGUCUUCGUAGUAAUUUAUAUGUUUCAAAUGUAUACAAAAAAUAUGACAACUAUUUCUCAAAAAUACCCUUAUAAAUUUGUAUGUGUAGCCAAAGAAAUAUAUUUGUAUGUUUUAGAUUGAGUUUAGGUAAAUUUUACAUGCUCAUGUUGUAAAUAGAGGUAAACUGAAUAUAAUGGUAGUUGUUAAACAAAAAAUAAAUAUUUUGGAAUAAG